GCAUCACAGUGCCCUGCAAAGCUCGGACGUCGUCAGAGCGCACGCCGCAGCAGCUGCUACACCUGAUCCGGCUCGAUCGUCGCCGCAAGCUAGCUAGCUAGCCGGGCUUAGCCACCUCCUGGUACACCGACCGAUCACCAGCUGCGAGAGCCAUGGCGGCGGCGGGGGCGAAGGUGACGGUGGAGGAGGUGAGGAAGGCGCAGCGCGCGGAGGGCCCGGCCACCGUGCUGGCGAUCGGGACGGCGACGCCGGCCAACUGCGUGUACCAGGCGGACUACCCGGACUACUACUUCCGGAUCACCAAGAGCGAGCACCUCGCCGACCUCAAGGAGAAGUUCAAGAGGAUGUGCGACAAGUCGAUGAUCCGUAAGCGGUACAUGCACCUGACGGAGGAGAUCCUGCAGGAGAACCCCAACAUGUGCGCCUACAUGGCGCCGUCGCUGGACGCGCGGCAGGACAUCGUGGUGGUGGAGGUGCCCAAGCUGGGGAAGGCGGCGGCGCAGAAGGCGAUCAAGGAGUGGGGCCAGCCGCGGUCCAAGAUCACGCACCUCCUCUUCUGCACCACCUCCGGCGUCGACAUGCCCGGCGCCGACUACCAGCUCACCAAGCUGCUGGGCCUGCGCCCCAGCGUGAACCGCCUCAUGAUGUACCAGCAGGGCUGCUUCGCCGGCGGCACGGUGCUGCGCAUCGCCAAGGACCUCGCCGAGAAUAACCGCGGCGCGCGCGUGCUGGUGGUGUGCUCGGAGAUCACGGCCGUCACGUUCCGCGGCCCCUCGGAGUCGCACCUGGACUCGCUCGUGGGCCAGGCGCUGUUCGGCGACGGCGCGGCGGCCAUGAUCGUCGGCGCCGACCCCGACGAGAGCGUGGAGCGGCCGCUGUUCCAGCUGGUGUCCGCCUCGCAGACCAUCCUGCCGGACUCGGAGGGCGCCAUCGACGGCCACCUCCGCGAGGUCGGCCUCACCUUCCACCUCCUCAAGGACGUGCCGGGGCUCAUCUCCAAGAACGUCGAGCGCGCGCUGGAGGCCGCGUUCGCGCCGCUGGGCAUCUCCGACUGGAACUCCAUCUUCUGGGUGGCGCACCCGGGCGGGCCGGCGAUCCUGGACCAGGUGGAGGCCAAGGUCGGGCUCGACAAGGCCCGGAUGCGCGCCACCCGGCACGUGCUCUCCGAGUACGGCAACAUGUCCAGCGCCUGCGUGCUCUUCAUCCUCGACGAGAUGCGCAAGCGCUCUGCAGAGGACGGCCAGGCCACCACCGGCGAGGGCUUCGACUGGGGCGUCCUCUUCGGCUUCGGCCCCGGCCUCACCGUCGAGACCGUCGUGCUCCACAGCGUCCCCAUCGCCGCCGGCGCCGCCGCAUGAUCCAUAGGAUCGAUCACCUGAUCAUCACCAUAUACAUACGCUCCAUGCACGUCCACGUACACUUCGCAAUUUAUUCGCCUCUGUCACGCAAAUAAUGUACUCUAGUACUGUAUCGGUCAUGUGUCGGUAGGAUUCUAUCGUUGUUGCAAAUUUAUUUUUCAUUCAUGCACUACUGUCACAUACACAUAUGCAAGCGAGUCCUGGUAGUAACCUGACUUUUAAGGGCGAGCUAGCUGAGGGGUAAAAGUCUCAUUUUAUAUAUGGAUGGUGAGGUAUUGUUA